GACGACUUCCUUUUCAGCGUGUCCAUCGUCAGCGGCUUGGUGUGCAUCAUUCUGGCUGUGAUCAAGUUCAUGCUUGGGAAAGUGCUCACAAGCCGAGCCCUUAUCACUGAUGGAUUUAACUCACUGGUGGGGGGAAUCAUGGGGUUCUCCAUCCUCAUCAGUGCUGAAGUGUUUAAGCAUGAGCCCAAGGUGUGGUAUCUGGAUGGGACAAUAGGUGUCCUCAUAGGCCUCAUCAUCCUCGCCUAUGGGGUCAAGCUGCUGCUGGACAUGGUCCCGCGGAUCCGGCAAACCAGGAACUACGAGCGUUUUGAGUGACGAGACCGCAGAGGAAAAGAGGGAGAAGCGGGGUGGGAGGGUUUGGGAGGGAUGGGAGGUGGGGGUAGGAGUAGGCUGAGCACAGUUCCUCCACAGACAAUCACACUCAGCCCUCGAGGUGCCAGCGGAGGCUUUGGCUCACAGACUUGACCUGAGGGUCCAGGCGGAUUAAACUCUCGGCACCUUUUAAGUGUUUUACAGUUUGCUGUACAUAUAAUAUGUUUAUCUGUCUUUUACCAGUGAGUGGGGCCAUCUGUUCUUUCAUGCCUCUGUAUUAAAACAUGAGAUGAGCUCAGACUGCAGCGGACUGGAGACUUAUGGACCCCAAGAGGCCAUAACUCCAUAAAAAGCAACAGAUUUUUGUACAGCAAGUUGAUGUACAAUACCUCAUCGUCCUGUCAAAACACAGCAGUUUAUUUUUCCCAUGGUUCCUAGAGGCCUUUGCUCAGCUGUGCUAUGAAAUAUUGCAGAUCGCAGGUUGAAAGUGAUUGAUGUAGCUGAUGUAGCAGUGGAGUAUUAAUGGUGUUUUACCUUUUUUAUGACUAGGAGAGGAUGUAUCAAUACAAGGCCCAUUUGGCAUCAGGAACAGGUACAUAAGCACACACUCUCUAUCUCUGCUGUGUCAGGCUCAGUGACGUGAUUUGCUGUUUACAAUAGACUUGUGGUGGGAGCAGGAGAGACUAGAGUGGCCACAGCUUAAUGAGAGGUGGAGGAUAACAAUUGUCAUUUUUCAUGUCAUGACCUGACUCUACCUCCACUUUGCUGUUAGAAAGGAAAAAUAGCCCAAAUUAGCUCAGUUUAUGUUUGUGACGUUGAAGUGAAACUCAACAUUAUCAUUUGAUUCAUAUACUUGCGCUUUGUAUUCACCAUCUUCGGCUGCUCUGGUACGUCACACAUCCAUCCACACCUUGUUUUAAUAUCCAGUUGUUUAUUUUAGUGAAGCUUAAUCCAAUAAGUUCUGUUUGAUGAGUUGAGCUCUUGUCACAGCAGGUGAUCCAGUUUGUGACAAAAGGGUGUUUGUCUUUACAUUAAGAGUUCUGGCCUUCGUGAGAACUUAGUCUCAUCGUGUCUGGAUUUGAUUAUUGGUUUGUCCACUUCAACCAGUUUGGUCUGCAGCCAUCACAGGUAUAUCUGUAUUUAGACUGAGAGUGGUGAGGUAGUUACUGGAAUCAGAUUAAACUCAGAGCUGUGUGCAAAUGUACAAGACUUCACCUUUUUCAUUUCAUCUUCUUGCUCAUCAAGUGCAUCAGACAACAUUUAGUCUGACUGUGGUAAGUAAUAUUUCAAUAUACUGUGAAGGAUUCCACUUUCCAGCAAUUUCAGUGCUGCUGUUAUUGAUAAGGUGCAGGCCUGUGCAGGUGUCCUCUCUUAUCUGGAGCUUCUGUUUGUUUUGGAGUUGAUGGUAACUCCUUAUUUUUCUGGCUAAUGAAGUAUGUUGACAUAAAGUGAAGUGAUAAUAAUGAAACAACCAAAAUGACCCGUUUAUUUGAAACACAAAUGUAUGAAAAAAACAGUAUCGUUUUGUAUUUUUAUCAUGACUGAGUCAAACAGUGACCAGGGGUCUUACUUAAUAAUUAUACUAAUUAUGACCUAAUAAGUCAAAGUUUGGAUGUAUUUUUAUUGUGACUUUUUGUUGUUUUUCAUGUUUUUGUUGUUUGUUUGUUUUUUUUUUUGGCUAAUAUCACUUGCAGAUUUCAUAGAGACAAAGGCUUUGGCCCUCCAUAUUGGGUUUUUCUGCCUGUGUGCAGGCUGUUUUAUUAUUCUAAAUAGUUCAUAAUACUCAUUUUUAACUCCAAAGCCUUAAUCUCGCUGAUCAGUGUGUGGAACAUGAAUGUAAUUAUCAGGUGGAGAUUCAGCUGUUUGACUAUAGAGACAGAUUAGGAUGUUGUCAUUUUUUCUAAGUACUCAUACAUUUUGCUGAAGUCUGUGCUUUGCUGCAGUAACUAUAACUGAAUGUACGAACUGUGCUGUGAGACUAGUUUAUAUGACACACAAAUAUGUGACAAUGUUGUUUGGAUUUGAUCAUAUUUAAGGUUUUGUACAACUUUAUGAAAUAUACACACAAAUUAGACACACAUAGACACACUGUGGGAUUGGAGCUGCUCCUUGGCUCCUGCUAACUGUACUAUUCUGUGCAGGUGUAAAUACUGAAUCUGUAUUGCUGUGAUGUGAAACAAGUGUAAAACCAGAGUCAGAGCCUUUUGUCACAGAAAAAAGGUUUAUUUAAAAAUAAAGUUAUAUAAGGACUGUGAAAACAAACAAAAAAGUGUUGUCAUUGCAUUAUUCACCUGCACUGAUAUGA